UUCGUGCGAAGAAGGCAUUCUAUACACUCAGCACUCUCAGCAGUGUAUGUGCACGCCCUAAAUCGGUGGAAAGCGGAGUAAAGUUGAAGAAAACACCGGUUUUGUCGAAUAAAAAUAGAUCGAGUCGCUCGAUUUCAAUUAGAGAAUCAGACUAAUUAAAAGAGUUGCGAUUUAUAGGUUUGAAGACUCAAAGUUGUCCUGAUCCAUGUAAUGUUUCAUGUUUCCCUGUCGUGUAUCUUUACCAAAUCUCCUAAACAGUGAAAAGCUCGACAGGCUUUUAAAGAAACUAAUAUAUUAACUAAUACGGAUGUUAUAUCGAAUGUUUUAUCGAAUUUUGUGAGUUAUCUUUUGCAAAUAUGUCAGGAACGCUAAAACCCUAUUUGACAGCAGUUAGGCGUACACUCACCGCUGCUAUGUGUCUGGAGAAUUUUUCCUCUCAAAUUGUGGAAAAGCACAAUAAACCUGAAGUAGAAGUAAGAGCCAGCAAAGAACUGCUUUUAACUCCUAUCCUGAUAAGUAGAAAUGAUAAGGAGAAGGUCUUGAUCGAAUCUAGCAUAAACAGUAUGAGGAUAAGUAUCGCUGUGAAACAAGCCGAUGAUCUAGAAAAGAUUCUUUGUCAUAAUUUUACAAGAUUCAUGACAAUGAGAGCCGAACAUUUUAUGAUACUCAGAAGAAAACCAGUAGAGGGCUAUGACAUUAGCUUUUUAAUCACCAAUAUUCAUGUUGAGCAAAUGUACAAACAUAAGAUAGUAGAUUUUGUUAUUCACUUUAUGGAGGAGAUCGAUAGAGAAAUCAGUGAAAUGAAGUUAUCGGUUAAUGCCAGAGCGCGCAUAUGCGCAGAGGAAUUCUUAAAAAGAUUUUAAUCCACUUAUAUCAACUAUUAGUAAUAUAUGAAUAAUUGAAAGAAUUGAAGCACACAAUGGAUAUUUAUUGUGCAUUGAUAUUGUCCAUCGUACAACUUUGAACAAUAACUCUGACAAAAUUAGGAAAAACAUUUUUAUAAAAUAUCCAACGAAAUAUCCUUCUCCAUAUACUUGGAUCAUUCCAUGUUAAAUAAGCCAUUAAUGUUACUGAUAAAACUUGCUUCAAAUCUUGUUAUAUGGCAAUUCAGGAAUUAUUAAGUUUGAAUAGUGUUAUUUACAUAUUUAUGAUAUUGAUUUUUAAGCAUUUUUAUAAGAAAAAAUUUGGAGAAAUUUAAAACCAAAAUUAUUUGUAUAUUUGUAAGCAAAUUAUGAAGAAAAUGAUAUUUGAAUAGUUCAGGAAUAUUCGUAAGGAUCAACUAUUGUAAUUUUAAGCAAAGCCACAAGUUUGAAUUAAAUUUCUUUUCAGAUUAGACUA